CCUGUUGGUCACAGCUUCUCUGUUUUCACUCUGCCGUGGAGCUGAUCAUACUGAAGAGGAUCCGUCUUCAUUCUGUCUGCGCUGCUUGGUUAUAUUAAAUAAACGUUUCUGUUCACAUCGUUUAAAGUAUUCAGGACAGUUUAACUUUAAGCAUCAGCCCGGAGCUCCUGCUUUUAUUCUGGCGGGCUCCGGUGUUAGCUCGUCCUGUUAGCCGCUGCUCCGCUGCUCGGUGGACAGUGAUGACCGCUGAGACACUUUUUCUUUCUGCGCAUUUCGACUGUUGAUUAAAACCGAAGAGCCUCCGUUCAUCAUGGCGAGUGAAAACACCGAGACCAACGCGGGGAACGAGGAGGAAACAGGUCCUCCAUCCGAGACUAACGAGCACGACUAUGCCCACACCGAGGCCACUAACUUAACUUCCACGGAGGCAUCCUCCCCCUCGGGAGCACCGGCGGCGGACGGCGGAGUCUCCGCGCAGGAAAGCUUCACCACAGCAGCCGAACCUGAACCUGAGCCCGAGCACAGCACACCGGGGCAGCCCACCCUGCCGGUGGAGCUUCCCGAGCCGGCUGUGGGUGCGGAGGUGGACUGCCCCGGUGGGCAUGAUGUGGUGGUGUCUUUUCCGCCGCAGACCGAGGAAGACCCUCCAAAGGCAGACCCCUCUCAGUAUGCUACAGCCGUCGCCCCCGCUAUGCGAGGCGGCCGGCGGCGUCCCAAGCGGCCCGAGGACCGAAGCUGCUCCGCCUGUAAGUCUGAGUUCGAGCGGCAGGGCCGCAGCUUCAACCGGAGGGCGGUGUACACCUUCUCCAGCCCGGAGACUGUGCAGUGGGCCUUCCCGGACGCCGUAGUGCACGAAAAGUCGUUCCUGUGUGAGACCUGUGCGCAGGUCAUCAGGAGCAAAUGCAAACGCAAACAGAGCGGGAAGCGGACCCUGUGGCUGAAACCGCCCCAGACUAAACAGGCAGAGUUGAGAGACAAGAAGCUGAAAGGUCGCAGGAUGGGGAAGAAGAGCAAAGCAGCUCAGCUGGUGAGCAAGUCCUGCUACAAGGCCGCUUUCAAAAUGCUCUGGUCUGCUAAAGGUGCCCGGAAGCCCAUGAUGGAGUUCUGGAGCAAACAGCUGAAAGAGGAGAUGAAGGCGCUGACACGGCAGACAGACAAUCCCUUCCAUCAGAAGGUGGUGAGCAGGAAGCCACUGUCAUCCUUUCCCUGGCGGCGCUGUCUGAACUGGGCCCAGGACCACGCUCCUCUUGUCACCACCUGCCUCACCUCGCUGUUCCCUGACAUCAGUUCUCUUUCAAAGAGUGGCCACCCGCUGUCGGAGGACCAAGCCCAGGCGCUGCUGGAGCGCAGGGCCGUGGUGGCGCUCUCCAUCCCUCUCUUCACCAGGAACAUCUGGAAGAACAACUUCCUGCAGGCAGCUCUGGGGGCAGAGCUCCGGCUGCAGGGCUGCUCUGGUGCUGCUCUUGACGCCCUCAACACUAUGGGGCUGUGUCAGAACAAAGACACCGUCAGGUUGCUGCUGCACAGGCUCCGAAACAGCAAGAAGACGGCAACACAGAACGGACGACAGAUGAAGAUGAAACCGGAACAGAUGAAAGGAGAGGAUAUGACAGACGUGGAGGAAGAAGAUAUCGAGGAGGAGGAUGAAGAGGAAGAGGAGGAGGAGGAGGAAGAGGAGGUAGAAGAAGAAGAGGAAGAGGAGGAUGACGACGACGAUGACGAAGAAGAGGAGGAGGAGGAAAUGGAAAUGGUGGUAGAGGAGGAAGAAGUGCAAGAGGUAGAAGUGCAGGUUGGAGUGGAUGAGGAGGAAGCGGAGGAUCAAUCAGUGGAGGAGAAGAAGAGGAGGAAGAAGAAGGCGAAGAAGCAGAGGAAGGAGGAGAAGAGGAAGGAGCGAGGGAAACGAAAGGUGAAGGAGAGGGAGGAGGUGGACGAGGAGGAGGAUGACGGGUCGGAGCAGAAGAAGAGGAGGGUGGUGGUGGUGAGGCUCGGCCUGCUGAAGGGACACUCGGAGGUUGGACGGUCCGACCUGUCGGCUCCUUAAGACUCUGUAGGCUCCGCCCAAGAACUCCACAGGCCCAACCUUCAACCAGAGAGCAGGACAGAGGUCCCGCCCUUUUCGCUGGGGGGUGUUGAGAGGGAUUCUGGGUAUCGUAGGUCAGUAACUGUGGAGGGAAACUGAGAGCUUUACUUUCAAAUUUCAUUUUGACAUUAAAAAAAACAAACAGUUUGAGUCAGAAAUGAGUUAAUGUGAGUCCAAAAAACACAAAACUGCUCCACUGAGACUGAGACAUGAACACAACACCCCCAGCUGAUUGAUCAUGUGAUUAUCUGCAUUAAUUUUACCCCUGAUGGUCGCGUGUAUCAAGUUAGACGAAUCCUCUUCCACCUUCCGUACAUGAUGGUUGCAGCUUCCAGCUACCUAAAUAUUUUGGUAACAUUUUGUUUAACAGGUCCCAGAGUUUCCUUAUAAUCUACUAGAAAGGAACUGGUAUGGAAUUUUCAAAUCUAAGAAAGGUUUCUGGACAGAACUACGCAAUUUGGUACCAACUGUAGGAACAUAUGAUGGGGUAAAAGAAUUACUUUGGGUUAGAGAUGCACAAUAAUAUCAGCACGUCAUCGCAUAUUAUAUUAUGAAUAUUAGCUACAUUUAAAAGCAUUGUAUUUCAAGUCUCCAUCUGCUGGUGGGCCAUCACGAUAAGAGUGUUCAUGUCUAAUAUGACGUUAAUUCCACUACAAAAGAGACGAUCACUAAAAUUCAGUGGGGAAAAAUUGGAUACAUUAAUAUUGGUAUUGGUUAUCGGUCAAAUGAGUUGUUACAUAUCGGCAAAAAAUCCCAAUAUCAUAUAUCCCUACUUGGGGUCAAGAUGAAGGGACAUUUGUCGUAAUGUUACAAGAAUACUUCCCUAAUUUCGGAGAAUAAAGCCACAAUUUCACAUUAAAAAACCUCAAUAUUAUGAUAACGAAGUCGUUAUAAUUCGGAAAUAAUGUCUGAAUUUAUUUUUACGUUUUUGCAACUGUUAACGCCACAAUUUACGAACAGUUAAAUGACUUGAAAGAGGUUAACUUUCCUCUGGAAAACUGGGAACUGUCGGUGUGUACUCAGAAUAUUUCUGCACAGUUAGUACCAAAUUGCCUUUGGUGUAUCUUUACCCCAAGACCUUAAGAGGAGAAACCCACAACUCCACCUGGGGGGGAACUUUACAUGUCAUAAAUAUGAAGUGGAGAAAAAUGCAGUUGUAGCAGUUGGGAGCAGACACCACUAAAUCUCUGUAAAUGUUUAAAUAUGUGACAGGUGGGUUACAGGUGAGGGAUGAGCAGCAGCAGGAGGAGUCAGUCCUGUCCUGUCCUUAAAGGGUAACUUUGAUAUUUUUCAACCUGGGCCCUAUUGUGUCAUGUUUUUGUGAGUGAUGGAUGAGAUCAACCAUUUUUGAAACUGGUCCAGUAUUGAGUGAGUGUGCUGCAGCCAGCAGAGGCAAAAUGAAUGAGAGAUGUAAUCCCUGUGGGCAUUUGAGCACCUUCAAUUUACGUCCACUAAACUGACAGACUCGGAUUAUUAUUACAAGUGUCUGACAACAUUUUGGAAAGGAUUCCUACAGAGAUACACCUUUUGUUAAAGAGUAAGAUCCUUUGUGUUUUGUCAAGCCCUGUUUCACUAAGCAGUUCAGUUCAGCUCGGUACGCUUUUUUUCUGUUUCCACUGUGAAAAGUUGUGGAUGGUACCAAUAGCACCGGUCUAUACGUCCCCAUUUUUGGUCCCCCCUCUGUUGGGGUACCUAGCACACAGAUCUGGUACUAAAAGGUGGAGCUGUGAACACUGCAGUCUGAUUGGUCAAUAGAGGACGGUCACUCUGCUCAGGCUGAGUUGUUAUUUGUAAGUUGUUAUUUAUUAGUAAACUGUAACUAUAAAAUGAAAGGAUGUUUUGCUGCCUCUCACAGCAGCUGGAGUCUGAGAGAAAAUAAGUGAAUUCACUGGGCCGACUGCCUGCGACUUUUAAGGUGGAACGUUAACUUGUAAUGUUACUCAAUGCAUCAGCUGACGACUUGAAUCCAUCAGCACACCUUAAAUUUCACUGUGACAACUUUGACCAUCACUUUAUUUCUUAUCGUCUCUCUUGGAUGACAUACACUUUUAGUAAUUAGUAAUGAGUGGAUCUUCAAGUGUUAAAAGAUGUUUGUGAGUUUCGACCUAAUUAUGUGAGCUUGCCUUGAUUUGUUCUGAAAAUGUUGACGUGCAGACUGAUAAAGGAGGUAAUACAGUGAGUGCUGGACGGAGCAGUGAGUGACAACAACCCUGCCCACAGACUCCAUUUAAAUAAAAUGGGGCAGUUUGUGGUACAAGAAUAAGGAUCUUGCUCUUCAACUAAGAGGUCAGACACUUAAAAUAACAAUCUGAGCUUGUCACUGUCAAAACAAACACUUUUAGUGGACAUAAAUUGACGGUGCUCAAUAACCCACAGGGAUUACAAUGCUUGUUUUGCCACUGCUGGCUGCAGUUGUCUCACUCAAUACUGGACCAAUUAAAAAACUGUUGACCCCAAUAGUCAGUUAGAGCCUGGUGCGUUUUUGGUGGUCCAGUCACAAGUGGACAGCCCUAAAUACAAAUGUAAACGACUGCCAAGGUGCAUUACAGAAGCAGAGGGAAAAGGUCCAAGCUAAAAAAUACCAAAGUUACCCUUUAAUGUUUUUCCAGCUGCUGGGUGAUCAAGGUCAUUAGGAGGGAGAGAGUGAUUUAUUUUCUAAUUCUGAUUAGGUUCUAAAUUUCUUUUUUUCCAGCUUUCAGUUUUGGGUUCCUCGGCAGGACUCUGACACAAAGUAAAGAAACAGAAAACGGUUUGAUUUUCAUUCUGAACACUGUGGACGUCCUGAACUGUGGAGGAUGUUUAUAGACUGAAGAUGUGCAUUUCUAUGUUUGAAACGGUUAAAGCGGAGCGGAGGCACACCUGAGAAAAGGACCUGGACUUAAUCGCUUUGUUUUUUUGUUUUUUUUUAUUGUUUGUUUGUUGGCUGUAGUGAACCCAUCAGAACAGAGUCAUGGCUUCAGUAGGCUCGUCUGACGCACGCUGAGGCCUUUAUGCUGCGUUCACGUCAAGUUUCUGUGAUUACAGUUGGUCAUGUGAGGGUUAAAAAUACUGUCCGUUGACAAUAUCAAACUAUAAACAUUAAAUAAAACAGACUUUGACUGACGAUAGGUGUCCAUGUAAGUUUGGCUUUCAGACACUUGCAAAUUAUUAAGCACCUGCUAUAUCAAAGAUUUCAGAAAAAUCAGUUUUCUAGUCAUGAUCCGGACGUUCACUUUAAUGCUACAAGUAAUACAACUGUUAAUUACAGUAACAAUAACAGUAGUGUGGUUAAGGAGAAACAAAAAGAUACGACUCAUUUGUGAACUAUCUGAGAUAAAUCUUGUCAAAAAUCUGAUUUAAAAAAUGACUAAAAUCAGACUUUCCUUGGAAUUCAGAAACUGAAUGUUUUCUUUGUAAUGCUUUAUUUUAUAGUCUGUAAUUUCCCUAAUAAUUUAACUGAAAUGACUGUAAUGUAAUGUGGUAUAAUUACAGUGAAAAUAGUGUUUAAUUUAACCCUUUGAAACCCCUUUAAAAAACAUGGGUAAAAGGCAAUGAAAGAAAAAAUUAGCGAAAAAAUUAGCAAAUAAGCAUACCGUAAGUAAAAAGAGAAAAUUAAGAGAAUUAGUAAAAAAAAAAAAAAAAAAAGUUAAAGAAAAGUAAAAAAAAAGUGCUUAAAAUUUUAAUAAUUUUGCAUUAUGAUGUUAAAUACAAUAAAUCUAGUUUUUCCCUAGUUUGUCUUUUUAAAUAAUUUUCUAUAUCUUUUUUUUCUUUCUUUUUUACAAUUUGUGGGAGAUUUCUUAUCAAGUUGCUCAUUGCCUUUUUUCCCAUGUUUUUUUUUUUUUUUUAACUGCAGCAAUUUGCAAAAGGUGUAGGUGUCUGAAAUCAGCACAAGACAAGUGAUGUCGCUCCAGGUUUCAAAGGCUUAAAUACUUUGAAUCCUGGCUCAUGUAUCAAUGUCAGCCGGACAUGGAAGAAGAACAUGGAAGCGAAACUUGUCUACAGACGUAUGGAGAUAAAAGUCUCCACUUUUGUCCUAUAAUUAGAACCAGAUUACAAAGUUCCUUCUGAGAAAUUAUCAGGAAAUUAAGGAGCCCUUAAAAUAAAGUGUUAAAUGAUCCUUUUCUGUGGUUUGAAUAAUUCCACCAUCUGUAAAAACGCGGCCAUACGUUUCUCUCCUGGUUAGAAAAAGAUGAAAUGGAAGUUUCUGAACCGGGAGGUGCUGUAAUAUAGUUUGAUUUGUAACAAGGGUUUGUUCUUUGAGUCUCUCAAAGCGUCUUAUUUUUUUAUGUGUUUGAUUGGAGGAGGACGGAGAGAUGUGUUUUCUGACUGUUGGUCUCAGAUCUGAUGUUCAACCAAUUGAACCAGUCUGACGCAAAACUUCCUGUAAAAGUUUGCCAAUAAAACAUUUAAGGCUUCAA